GGUCAUGAACCAAGUUUGAUUCUGGACUUGACUAGAUCGAUCUUUCGGCUCUAUCGGGAAUAUGACUCAAUUUCGGACCACGAUCGUGCACGCUCCAAAGGCAAUAAAACGGGAUGAGUGCAAACUCUUGACUCGACUCCCUUUACUUCAUCAUGCCUAUGCUUGCAGAUCCUUCCCAAAAGUACCGGCCCUAUACCCCCUUGGUCCUACCCAACCGACAAUGGCCGUCGAAAACGUUCUCAAAAGCGCCGAUAUGGUUGUCGACGGAUCUUCGCGACGGCAACCAGGCCCUCGCAAAUCCGAUGACGAUUGAACAGAAGACCCUGUUCUUCCGGGAGCUCGUCAAAUGCGGAGUAAAAGAGAUCGAGGUCGCCUACCCUGCAGCCAGCGACACCGACUUUGCGUUUGUGCGCGGGCUGAUCGAGAACAACGAGGUUCCGGACGAUGUUUGGAUACAGGUCCUCACACCCGCUCGGGAAGAUCUCAUCCGCCGAACAAUUGAUUCUGUUGCCGGUGCCAAACGUGCCAUCAUUCACUUGUACAACGCUACAUCCCCGACUUUCCGCAACGUGGUGUUUAGGAAUUCUAAAGAGAAGACGUUGGAGCUCGCCACAACGCACACCAAGAUCGUCCGCCAGUUGACAGAGGAGUGCACGGCAAAGCAUGGAACCCGCUUCCGUUACGAAUACAGCCCGGAGACGUUCACCCAGACUGAGCCAGACUUUGCGAUCGAGGUCUGCGAAGCUGUCAAGACAGCAUGGGGCAAAGCGGGUACCGGCGAGGAUCGCAUAACGUUCAACCUACCUGCGACUGUCGAGUGCGCGCCUCCUAACCACUAUGCAGACCUGAUCGAGAACUUUUGCAACACGAUCACCGAACGCGAAAAAGUCAUUGUCAGUUUACAUCCUCACAAUGACCGAGGGAGUGGCAUCGCAGCAGCUGAGCUCGGUUGCCUUGCAGGGGGCGAUCGCGUGGAGGGCUGCCUCUUCGGGAACGGAGAACGAACCGGCAACGUGGAUCUCGUGAACCUGGCCCUCAAUCUGUAUACUCAGGGGAUCCGGCCCGAACUCGACUUCAGCGACCUCGACAGCGUGAUCGAUGUCGUGACAAAAUGCAACGAUCUGCCGAUUCCUGCCCGGUACCCGUAUGCUGGAGAACUCGUCUUCACCGCAUUCUCUGGAUCUCACCAGGAUGCCAUCAAGAAGGGCUUCGAGUCGCAAAAGAUCAAACACGCCGCGGCUGCUGCAGCAGGCGAGCCGCAGUACUGGGACAUUCCGUACUUGCCAAUCGACCCGGCAGACUUGGGCAUGAACUACGAGGCUGUGAUCCGGGUCAACUCGCAGUCGGGCAAAGGCGGUAUCGCUUACCUCAUCAAGCAGCAUCUGCAGCUUGAUCUCCCGCGCAAGAUGCAGAUCGCGUUCUACAACGUUGUGCAGGAGGUCUCUGAUCGCGAGGCGCGGGAGAUGACCGUGGACGACAUCACGACUGCCUUCCGCGAAACGUACCACUAUGGUGGAUCCAAGUACAAGGGUCGCUUGGCGCUGCGCCACUUCAAAAUUUCCACUGAGCCGACGGCUGAUCCGUCGGAUCAUUCUGGGGACGAGGACGAGCGUCGGAGGUUUGAUGGCACGAUUUCUGUGGACGGGGUUUUGCGUGUGAUCCGGGGAGACGGGAACGGGCCUCUCUCUGCGCUGUUGGAUGCGCUGAAAACGCAUUUGGACAUUGACUUGUCGAUUCGAGAAUACUCGGAGCACAUCAUCGGCGAAUCUGACGGCCAGAAUGCCAAAGCAGCAUCCUACGUGCAAGUCGUUCCUGGCGAUGAUCGCAAGUCAGCCACGUCCUGGUGGGGUGUCGGAUCUGACUCGGAUAUCGCCGGCUCGGGUCUGCGGGCGUUGCUCAGCGCUGUCAAUGGCGCAAUUGGCGACCGUCCUCUUCCGGAACUCAAGUUGACCGUCGGCUUCAACUCGCGCUCUGGUCAGGCGGACAUUUCUAGUGUCAUUGUCAAUUCGCUCGGCCUUGAGCUCCCGCGCCGCUUCCAGGCGUCGUUCUUCGAGGUCGUACAACGUGCGGCACGUGACGCCGGUGGCGAGAUCUCAGUGGGUGCCCUGACGGAGCUGUUCCAGAGGACAUAUGCCUACGAUCCUACUGGCAAGUUGAAGCGGCCCAUCUCUGUCGAUGCUUUCAAGAUUGGGGGAGAAGGCAGCAGGAGAGUGAUCACCGGUCAGAUCGACUUCAACGGAGAAUCCAAAUCCAUCACCGGGGAAGGGAACGGGCCGUUGUCCGCGCUGUUGGCUGCGCUGAAAGAGCACGUGGACGGAGAACUGAGCAUCCGAGAAUACUCGGAACACUCUUUGGGCGAGGGCACAGAAGUUGUCGCUGCGUCCUACGUUGAACUUGUGUACGAAAUCGCUGACAAGAAAAGGCGAAGUGAAUGGGGCGUCGCCACGGACGCCGAUAUCACCGCUUCUGGCAUCAAGGCUGUCCUGGGCGCCGUCGGAAAACUCGAUGUAGUUGUUAAAAACUAACGCGAAGGAAUUGUACCAUUAUUUACUUAACUUGUGCGCAAGGCACUUCAUGAUGUGACUGUCAAUCAUGUACAUAACACGUGCACACGUGAUCGCUCACGUCUUGAUCUAAACUUUCAUCGACGCGUCAACAGCUUUCCCCCUCUAUGACCUCUCCAGAACCCGGGGAGCUGAUCUUUGUGAAGGAGGAUGGGCGACCAAUGAAGUUUUUCCUCUUCAACCACGACAGAUGGCAAAGUGGUGCCCGCAACGCUAUCAAGGACAGUGUUGAGCAACAUGGAGGGGAAAUGUCGGAUGUAGACGUGGGAUGUGACGUGAUUUUGGUCAAUCCGCAUCUUGCGAGUGCUCCAGAGACGGUGCGACAGGCGUACAAAACGCACUCGGAUCCUCAAGUGCGCAGCGCGCGGGUGGAGUCGGCGGGUUGGGUGAAAAGCUGCAUCUCCACUCGCCAGUGCGUGCACUUCUUCGAGCAGAAACCCAUGGGUGGGGUCCCUGUCGGCUACGGUAGAUCCCGCGUGGAAUUCACCUGGCAAGAUGACGAACGGCUUACGCACUACCUUGCGAUAACGAUACCGCAGAAAGAUAGUGGAGGGCGUACUGGGAACAACAUCUACAAGAAUCUGAUAGAAAACGCCCAAACGAUACCCGAUGAGUACUCCUGGGCCCUAAGACAUACUUGGCAAAGCUGGAGACAACGAUACAAGAUGAAUCAGGCCUUAUUUGAUCAGCGAAUCAAUGCACUACUGCCAGUUCUCGACCCCCAACCACACCAACAAUACGAACUUUCAAGGUAUGCGCCCAAGUAUGGAAAAAGAGAGGCUCCAGUCUAUGAAGAAGAAGAAGAAGAAGAAAUUCUAUCCCUGUUCGGAGACGAUGAAGAACAGGUCGUGACAGACUCUAAGCCGCCCGUCGCCCCUCAACUGCUACAAAGUCACAAAAGACGUGCAUCUGGACCUGCAGUGACUGAUCGAGACAAAAAACGAAUGCGGAUUGGGUCGUUGCCACUCAAAGUAUCACAGAAGGGCAAAGAAAAGUUGAUGCCUGACGAGUACGCGCCCAAGUAUGGAAAGGGAGAGGCCCCAGUCUAUGAAGAAGUUGUAGACCUGUCUGGAGACGAUGUCGAGACAGACGCCAUGUCAUUCCCCGACUUCCAGCUGAAAGCAAAUCGCAAACGACGUGCCUUUUUACUCGCAGCAGCUGAACGAGACAGAAAAAGAAUGCAGAUUGAAUCGUUGUCACUUAAGGCGUCAGAGAAGGGCAAAGAAAAGUUGAUGCCUGACGAGGACAACCCUUCUGACUCAGAAAAUAGCUUGUUCGAUGGCGACUUCGAUUUGACGAUGGCUGAGCCAGCUCCUGCGGCGCAAAUCCCCCUCAGUUCCCAGAUGACUCUGGUGGAACCCGGACCCUCCCUUCAAGCGAUGCGAACUCCAGAUGCUAGCCCGGUUGCUCCAGCUUCUCCGAUGCGUAGCGAAGCUCCCCCAGUGCAAGAAGAAACACCUGCGCUUCCGGCGGGACCUAUUUAUCGCCUGACGCGGGCGCGGUCGCGAUCGCAAUCUCUGGAACCGUUCGUGGAUGAUCCAAACGUGCUCAUGCGCAAGAAGGGCAAGAAGAGAGCCCCUGCUCUUGCUCCUGUUCAUGAAGAUCCGUUCGUAAUCGAGGAAACCCAGGGAAGCACUAUCGACGGGAACUUGGACACACAAGCAGUGGAGGAUCUACUCUUAGACACGAGCGCGAGCGAUCUGUCCAGUGCGAACUCUAUCCCAAUAGCCGCGAGAAGCGAGUCGCCAGAACUCAUGCCCCCUCCUCGCCAGCCGAUACGACCGGCUAUUCCUCAGUCACCAGAUGACGCGCGUACCCACGGGUUGCUGCACCAGAGUCGGGCGUCCACUGCAUCCCAUCGCACCCAAGCUUCAAUUCAGGACAUACGCCGUCGUCUGGGAACGCCGCGGCUGAGCAGUGCUUCUACGAGAACGACGCCGUUCCCAACACAUCAGCAUUCGUCACCGAACGCCAGGUUUACUACAUCGGCUAGAAGACCGCCCAACAUCUCGAAGACGGAUUCAGAGACCAGCGGAGAAUCAUUUCCGCUGAGCGGGACGCGCGCAAGUGCGAAGAAGCAAGAGAUGAAGAGGGAGGAGAUGAGGACGCCUUACCGGGCUCCACUGAAUACCCGCGCGGCUGCUCUGACCAGAUAGUGCAGCUCGGACAGAUAUCGUGUACAUGGAUGUGGGCAGCACCGAUUUUAUUCGAUCUUGGUUAUGAAUUCAUGAGGCUAUUCUUUACGACACGCCGCGCAAGUAAAGAAAGUCUACACAGCAUACCAGUUGAUUCGUUCCUCCCAUGUCGAAACAGAUCGUGUUUACCAAAGAUGCAAUCCCACCCAUGCCUGUGUUCUGUAUGUCUGGACGAAUGCUGAUUCGUACGACUUCCUAAUCGCACUUGAAGCCCAGGCAACCGUCGCCCAAGGCGUGGUUUACUGCUCUGGGAAUAUCGGAUGCACCAAUGAAUUCGUGGUCGUCGGGGGUGGAGUGCAGGCUCAAACCCGUGCCGCGCUGGAAAAUCUCUCGAUCGUGCUGAAAGCUGCAGGAUCGGGAUUGGAACAUAUUGUGAAGGCAAACAUCUACUUGACAAACAUGGCCGACUUCCAAGCCAUGAACGAAAUCUAUGCACAGGUACGCCAGCCACUCUCCAUGUCGGCUUGGAUAGAGACUGAGAGCAGCGCGAAGUUCUUCGAUAAGGAUAACAUGCCAGCGCGUACCUGUGUUGCGGUCGCUGCUCUGCCUCUCGGAGCAUGGUACAUCUCCCACCGCUCAGACCUCGCCCAUUCUGACAUUUUCCACAGCUUCGAGAUAGAAUGCACUGCCUUAGUAGCCAACGCCUGAACACGUAAAUAUUUGUGAUUCGCACGAAGUAUGAUGAGAAUGCAUCAAAGACCCGCAAGAACAGAGAGAAGGAGGAUGGCCAGCAGAGACGCCGAGAAAGGUGUUGUAAGGCAUUGAAGCAGGGAUUAGACACAGCCAUCGUUCAACACGCCUUGUCAAAUUACCUCAUUUGGUUCGGUUACGGGAACCUACGCAAGCACUCGGGGGCGUGUCUGACUCUGCGCCUCUUUCCCACCAUCAUGGCCAGCCCGCCCAAUCGCUCUACGAUGUCUCAGUCGUUCUAUGGCGGGGCGUCCGGCUCCUCCAGUCGCCCCUUCUUGAACAUGCUCAAUUCGAAGUACAAGGGGUACUCGCAGGCUACGCAGGCGCCGCUCGCAGAGGAGGAUGAGUCGCGGGAUAGCUUUGAAGAGGAGGAGGAGGACGCAGAGGCUGCCCGGGGUCGGAGCACCAUCUUUCAACACACACCUGACGACAUCCCUCUAUCGAAAUCACGGACACAUGCGCAGCAUCGCGUCUCGUGGGAACCGCCGCCCCCUGCGUUGCAUCCGAACAUACAAAGAGAGGACGCGCUACAUGAGAACGACUCUGACGAUGAGGUUCCGCAGAGUUUCAUGAUCGAAGCGGCGGCGGCGGCAAAGAGAACCUCGAAGAAGGCAAAGGGCAAGUCAAAGGCAAAGAUGGAGCCAUCGCCUGUUGGAGGCAGGGGCCAGCCUCUUUUCUCCGCACCUGGAAGACAAAUGCCGCCCCCGAUCUUACCCACCCACACGACGUCACUGCCUCCCCCGCCAUCCGCCCGGCCAUCUCCCAGCGAGUUCCACACGACCUCCGACGAACCAGAACGACCACGCAAGCAAAUGCGCGGCCUCGAUGAUUAUGAGAAAGCCCUGUGGAACUGGGUCAAUGUGUACAAUCUGGAUGCGUUUCUUCAAGAGGUGUACUAUUAUUAUGAGGGCAAAGGGAUAUACAGUAUUGCUCUUGCCCGCGGUCUCAAUCUUUUGACCGUAGGCUUCGUCAUCGGUUUCUCAACAUUCUUGCUCGGAUGUGUAGACUAUUCCCGGAUACAGCACGAGACUUCGAUGAAACUCUCUGAUGUCGUUGUGUCUCGAUGUGUAUCUCGUUUCUCCGGCUUUACGUUCAUAUUCUUCGCACUCUUCAUAGCGUUCUAUGUGUGGCAGAUUGUUUCCUUCGUCUUCGCUGUCCUCCGACUCGUCGAUAUGUAUCACUUCUACACACAUCUGUUGAAGAUCCCUGAUGCCGAUAUCCAGACCAUCUCAUGGCCUGAAGUUGUGCGCCGAAUUGGAGCUAUCCGGGAAGACAAUCCGAUGACUGCUCUGUCGAGUAACAAGGCCAACGACACAGGCACAGCGAAAUUGGAUGCGCACGAUAUUGCCAACAGGAUACUGCGACAGGAGAACUAUCUGAUCGCACUCUUCAACAAGGAUGUCCUUGAUUUGCGGGUACCUCUCCCACCUGCUUUGAAGCGUUUCGCUGCACAGGACGGGCGGGGGACCCUACUGACCCGGGCCAUGGAGUGGAACCUGCGAUUUUGUCUUAUGGAGUACCUGUUCGAUCAGCAUGGCAAAGUUCGAAAGGUGUUCCUCAAGUCAAAAAACCGACCGGUGUUGAUUGAAGGAUUGCGGCGCCGAUUCAUCUUCAUGGGCAUGCUCAAUGCUGUAUUCGCGCCGUUCAUCGUCUUGUAUUUGUUGAUGUAUUCUUUCUUCCGGUAUUUCGAGGAAUACCACAAAGAUCCUUCGACAAUCGGGGGUAGACGGUUCACGUCCUAUGCGCAAUGGAAGUUCCGAGAAUUUAAUGAGCUUCCACAUCUCUUUUCCCGACGACUGAAGGAGAGCCAUCCAUAUGCCAAUAUGUACAUUGGUCAGUUUCCGAACGAGAAUAUGACCAUCAUCAUGCGAUUCGUUGCGUUUGUUGCCGGUUCAUUUGCCGCCGUGUUGUUUCUAGCGACUGUGCUCGAUCCGGACAUCUUUGUGCACUUCGAGAUCACGCCGCAUCGAACAGUUCUCUUCUAUCUUGGUGUCUUUGGGUCCACCCUGGCGGUCGCUCGUGGCAUGAUUCCUGAAGAGAACCGGGUUUUCGAUCCAGAGUAUCUGAUGACAGAAGUGAUUGCAUAUACGCACUACAUGCCAGACGACUGGAAGAACGAGCUUCACAGCAAACGGGUCCACACUGAAUUCGGGAAACUCUUCGCCAUGAAGAUUCUCAUCUUUGUGGAGGAGCUGGUGUCAGUAGUGCUGACUCCAUUCGUCCUCUGGUUCUCUCUGCCGGAUUGCGCCCCGGCGAUCGUCGACUUCUUCCGCGAAUUUACGGUCCAUGUCGAUGGAAGAGGCUAUGUUUGCAGCUUCGCCGAGUUCAACUUUGAACGUCAUGGCAAUGUUAAGUUCGGCGCUCCCACUCGAAAUCACGACAAGCGGAUGAUAUCGAACCAAGGAAAGAUGGAGAAGAGUUUCUUGACGUUCAAAGCUGCGAAUCCGGACUGGAACCCUGCCGAUGCUUCCGGAUCUUUAUAUUUGAGUCGCAUGGCAGACCUCAAUGUUUCGCAACACCCCAGUUCGCGACGGCGAGCCGGAGCGCCCGAGCUUGCAGAGUCCAAGAUGCUUGAUGACCGUGCGCAAGAGUACGACCGUGCGCUUCGGCAGAGCCAAACUGCUGCUGUGUCACGGAGAAGAGGCAUGGCGGGUAGUGUGUUGGGCAUGUCUACACUCGCUGGGCCGACUGCAUCGUCCAUCUUUGUCGGUGGGAUGUCGAUGGCCCAGACAGCUGUCCUGGGCGACUCGCAGGGCAGUGUUCACAUUCCCGGGCGCGCUGAGAUCAAUCAAGAAGAUAUCUCGGCCGAUGGAGGUGUCGGCAGUGCCUUGGGCGAGUCCUAUGUUGAUGGCGCACAACCACGGCCAGCUGGUACUGAGGACGACGAGGAUGGAUUGGAAGAUGGCGGUGUUCUAGGUCUGUUAGCGCAGAUCUAUGGCCACAGGGAAGGACCUGCACGAGUCAUGUAAAUCUAAUCUAAUUGGAUCCGUCUCAUCGCCACGUUGUUCGCAUAUCAUUAUGCCUUUACGUGAAUCAUGUGUAGUGAAUCGAUCAUCCGACGCUAAGAUGACAAUGGGAGGACUUGUCAAGACUUGUUAUAUUUCUUGCCGCAGCCGCCAAGGAUGAUCUGGGCGUGGGAAGAGUCGUACCCUCGAUCAAGUCCUUGACCGCGCGGUCAACACGACUCUCGAGUAACUGAUCUUCGAUGUGCUUGACGGUCCUAAACCCUCUUGGGUGACCCGGCGUCCGAUCCAUGGCCUGCAAGAUUCCCGCGAAGAACUCUCCCACACACAGCCCUGGACCGUGGCAGCAGGGGUCUUGUGAUGAGGGUCCUUCGAGGACUGCUGCUUCACUGUUUCUGUGCGACAGAUAUCACUCGAGGGGUGUACUG